AUGAUUCAUCACUGUAUCACAUGCCGCAAACUUCGAAGAAAAUUGGAGCAUCAGAAGAUGGCCGACUUGCCUGAAGAUAGGCUAAGCGCGGACCCUCCGUUCACGUACGUGGGACUGGACGUUUUCGGCCCUUGGAUGGUUGCCUCACGUCGCACAAGGGGCGGUCUGGCCCAUAACAAAAGGUGGGCAGUCUUAUUCACAUGCAUGGCCAUUCGUGCAGUGCACAUAGAGGUCAUUGAGUCAAUGGAUACGUCAAGCUUCAUUAACGCCCUGCGAAGAUUCCUUGCGCUCAGAGGCCCAGUGAAACAGCUCCGUUCAGACAGGGGCACGAACUUCGUUGGUGCCUGCUCUGAGCUCAAGAUGUCGGCUGUUGGCUUCGAACUUCGUAAAGUUCAACGCUUCUUGAGCGAGCAAGGCUGCACCUGGAUUUUCAAUACACCUCAUUCCUCCCACAUGGGUGGCGUGUGGGAACGCAUGAUAGGCAUGGCUCGCCGGAUCCUGGAUUCAAUGCUUCUGAACGACGGCUCUCCUCGCUUCUCCCAUGAGGUGUUGACCACAUUCCUAGCAGAAGUGACCGCCAUUAUAAACGGAAGACCAUUGGUUCCAGUCUCCUCUGAUCCCGAAUGUCCCUCAGUGCUCUCCCCUGCAAUGAUCCUGACGCAGAAACCUACGUCGUCAACAGCACCUCCAGGAGAUUUUAAAAGUCUUCAUGUGAAGCAGUGGAAACAAGUUCAAGCUCUUGCCAACAGCUUCUGGCAUCGCUGGAGAACCCAGUUCCUGCCCACCCUUCAACGCCGUCGCAAGUGGAAAACCGAUCGACCUAACCUUCAAGUUGGCGAUCUUGUGCUGCUGAAAGACGUGGGCGCUAGACGCAACGAGUGGCCAAUGGGACGAAUCACCGCUGUGCGGCGAGGGAAUGACGGUAAGGUGCGCAAGGUGCAACUCCAGACAGUUAAAGACGGCAAGAAGAAAACCUUUGAACGACCAGUCUCCGAGAUGGUUCUUCUGUUCUCGCCGGAUCAAAGUGACUGA